AUGUUGGCAAAAAGUGGCUUGACAAGAAAACUGAUUAGAGAAGGGAAGUGCUGUUUUUCACUUUACUGCUCUCCGUAUGCCUCUAGAUCUAGUACUGAAAAUAUUUAUUUUAUGAAAAAUUUGAAGCGAUUUAAGGGAUAUCAUUAUGUGCAUGAUCCAGAUGUAGCUGCUCAGAUAGCAAGUACCAUCAAAAAAGAAAGUGACAAUGUUGAUACCAUGCUAGAAGUAAAUCCUGGUAUUGGUGUGAUGUCUGCAGAAUUAGCCAAGUUGUACAACAAAUUAAUUUUGGUAGAAAACAAGCAAGUCUAUUUAUCCACAUUACAGAAGUUGCAAGAGACCUACAAGAAUAUUGAAUUUGCAGAAAACAAAACUGAUUAUUUUUUAUUUGAAUCACCGAGAAGUUUCUUGUAUUUAAGACCACCAGAUGUUUUGAAUUUGGUACCAAAAGCUCAAAGUUCUGCAGAUAUUGCAGCAAAUAUUUUUUUCAUCGUUCCUCCACAUCUUGACCGAUUGUUUGCUAAAACCAUAACCCAUUCUGCCAUGGCAAUGGAAGGAAUAUUUAGCCACGGAAGAUUAAAUUGGUUUGCCAUGGUUCCUGACAGAUUUCUCAGGAGACUGAAUUUUAAAAAGAGUACUUAUUCUCUAAAACUGAAAUUUGAAAUAGAAUUAUUUAUGGAGUUGAAGACAUUAAUGGAGUUAGAGUUUGAUUCUGUUUAUCCAAAAUUUUCCAAGACAUCAUCAUCAUCAGGAGAUAAGACAUAUUUAAUCAAAUUAACACCAAAACCAAACUCCGAUCAAAUUCUGAGUUCUCAAGAUAUAGAAGUUUACCGUCUCUUUGCCAAACAGAUGUUACGCAACCCCGAUAAACGAAUAAUUCCACGCAUGGAGGAAUUUUUUCCUAACUGUGGAAUAUAUUUGAUAAAUGCCGGUUUUGAUAUGAUGCAGAGAUUUCAGGAUUUAAAGGCAGAAGAGUUUCUAAAUCUGUACAAGUCUUUACCAAAUUUACCAGAUUAUCAGUACUCAUUAUGGAAACAAUUUUUGAUAUCAGAGGGUUUUAGUUAAGAUGAAAAGAACACAAGGAUUGACUCUCAAUGAACCAGUUGGUAUUAAGAAUGAAGAAGUUAUUUAAAAAGAAACUCCUAUGUAAAGGUUCAAGAAUGAUAAGAUUCAAUUGGAAGUGUGUACUUCUUAAAGAGUGCAUUCUUGAUAAUGAUAACAGUGAACCAGUCUAUGUACUUCUUAAAGAGUGCAUUCUUGAUAAUGAUAACAGUGAACCAGUCUAUGUACUUCUUAAAGAGUGCAUUCUUGAUAAUGAUAACAGUGAACCAGUCUAUGUACUUUUUAAAGAGUGCAUCCUUGAUUAAUGAUAACAGUCAGAACCAGUCUAUGUACUUCUUAAAGAGUGCAUCCUUGAAUAAUAAUGACAGUGAAUCAGUGUGUGUACUUCUUAAAGAGUGCAUCCUUGAUUAAUGAAAAUAGUGAACUAGUCUAUGUACUUCUUAAUGGUGCAUCCUCGAUUAAUGACAAUAGUGAACCAGUUUGUGUACUUAGAGAGAGAAAUCCUUGAAUAAUGAUAACAGUGAACAAGUCUAUGUAAUUCUUAAAGAGUGCAUCCUUGAUUAAUGACAGUGAACCAGUUUGUGUACUUCAAACUGGUUAAAUACUGAGUGAUACUGAAUUGUAGUUAAAUAACUGUUUUUUUUU